UGUCACGCACAAUACAAACAUUUGACGUUGAUCUAAUGGAUUGUAUUGUCAUAGCUUGUUUGCUAGUAGCUUAUGUACCAUCACUGUUUGAUACUGAUCUCAAUGGGCUUUAUCCCGAGCCAUUGACUCCUGAACAAGUCUCACAUAAUUCAUCAUUAUUGGUGCAAGCUAUACAAAGGAUUGGUAUCAAUUAUGACAUCCAGGCCAGUGAUUUCUCUGCCCCCAAUCCAAUGAUGCUGAUAUUGUUUUGUAGUCAUCUUUUUCACAUCCUUCCUCAUUAUGUUCCAGCUUCCUCCAUUAAGCUACAGGGAUCUCUUCACACUUGCAUUACUAAACAAAUAACAGUAGAAAACACUAGCCACAGGGAGCUACUCUAUCGCACUCUCAUACUAGGGAAUGUUAGUUCAAUUGGAUGCUUUACUGUCAAGGGAAAAGAUGAUUUUAUAUCUGUUCCUCCUAAAAGUUCAGUGUCAGUUCCAGUAUCAUUCAAGGCUCAGUAUCUAACUGAGUGUGAAGGGACUUUACUAUUGAUACCAAAGGGAGGUGGAGGGAGACAAGGAUACCCUCUCUCUUUCAAACUAAUCAGACAAGUUAACACUGUGUACCCUAAGAGUGUGCUAGUCCAUGAAGUUCCACUCUAUCAGGUUACUAGUCUAUCAGUUCCUAUUGUUAUUCCUCAUGUCACUGAGUCUACUCUCUUUCAUGUAAAGCUAGUGGAAGGAGAGAAGCUCUCGGAAAAGAGAAUGAAACUCAAAGCAAACAAGAUGGAUGGUAAAGCUAAAUCAACAGUCACAGAGACUAUCAUCUGCCCUUCAUCACUGACCAAUAGAUCAACUGACUCCAUCAAACUAUUCCACACCAAACAGACAACAAUUGCAAUAGGUCCCUCACACAAUCGACUGGAGCAGACAGAGCAAGAGAAUAGGCCCAGGAUUGAGUUGGAGUACAUACCAUUGAGGAAAGUCCCUAGAGAUUGUGCUAUCAUAUUGAGCAAUACACAAUAUGGAGACACUGUCUUUCUUGUCUCUACAACUGUCAGCCUACCAUUAGCUUCAAUGACCCUACCACCAUUCCUGUUACCAUCAACACUCUACGAUAAGGACACAAGGACAGUCUACAUAAGAGGGCCAGUAGGAGAGUCACUGAGCGAAGUCAUUAACAUACCCACUAGGAAUGAGGACUUUGAGAGAGCAGUGUAUAGACUGGGGGAAUGGGAUAUACCCAAAGACGAGAGAGAGAGACAACACCUGACAGGAUCGUUUGGCUAUGCCUCGCUCUAUAAUGCAAUGAAGGCUCUUAAUCUUGAGACUGCCAUAAAGACACAUAGGAACUCUUUGCCUCAUGGAGCAGACGAGAUCCACUUUGAUAUUUCGUGUGAUAACUCUGAGCACUUUACUGUACAGGGUGGAAUCUCAAUCCCAGUCUUUAGUAGGAAGACCUCUUCGGUCCUUCCUAUCCAGUUUAUCUGUCAUAAAGAUGGCUGUUACAUGUGUCAUGUUGUACUGACAUCACCUCAUGAUGUUAGGGUCUUUCAUAUUGAAGUGAUUGCCAUUUCUAAGAAAGAAGAGCCAGAGCUGGAGUUUAAGAUACCUGCCUUUCAGAAAAUAACACAAAGAAUCCCAUUGGUAACUGAAACUUAAUCAUACCACUG